CCGGAUUUCGACGCUGGCGGCAUGGUGAGGGGACCCAAAUACGCCUUGACGUCCACUUGUCCGGUGCUGAUAAUUUACGUCUAAUUUGCUCCGACGAUUAUUUCUUGUUUCGUUCGUUUUCUUCUCACUACAAGUUGUAGUGUUCUUUUACCUGUUAUUUACUUUCUCUCUCCCAUUUCCUAUUUUUCUCUCUUCUCUUGUUUGUCCCUGCAUGCUGGUCUGCAAUGGCAAAAUUUUCCCUCCCGGUCCUCGUUAUUGCCGCGUCUGCGACGCGGGUGUGGGCGUCGUGUGCGUACGGCACUCAUCUCUUCCCUCGCGCCGAGGAGGGUGGUGCCGUUGAGAUCAAGACGUUCGGCUAUGCGGGUACCAUCGGUCCCUUGAACUGGGCGGCAUUGGACGGCGGUGCGGCCAACGUCAAGUGCGCCACCGGCACCCGACAGUCGCCCAUCGAUAUGGUUGAUGGCGUCUUCCAGAUGGUAUCCGCCUCCGACCUGGAGCUUGCGAUUGCCGACAUGCCUGAAGGGACCGAGUUCGAGAACCUGGGUACCACCAUCGAGGUUGUCGGCAAGGGUGGCACGCUCAAGGUUGGAGGAAAGACAUACGAGUUCCAGCAGUUCCACUUCCACCUGCCGAGCGAGCAUCUCGACAACGGAACUAGUAUUGCUAUGGAAAUGCACAUGGUCUGGCAGUCUGCUGAGGGGGAGAUUGCCGUUAUCGGCGUCUUCGUGGACCUCGACAACGGAGCCGGAGCCGGAGCCGGAGCUGCAGCAACCGUGGCCGCAGCUGCAGAGGGGGGCGCGUUCGGAGGUGUUCAGGGUUUCGUCACUUUGCCCAUGACUAGAGCUGCUGGGGUUUCGUCCAACCUGCUGGAAACCGUUCUCUCCCGGGCGCAGGAGAUCGCCACUCCCGGCACCGCGGUCAAGACACAGCCUCUUGUAAUGUCCGAGCUAGUUAACACGUUGAUUGCCGGGUCAUUCCAGAGCUAUUCUGGCUCCCUGACUACUCCGCCUUGUAGCGAGAACGUUCUCUGGCUCGUUUCAACGCAGAAGCUGCAGAUUAGGACCGCGACGUUCGAGAAGGCCCGCUCCGUUAUUGGAUUCAACUCCCGGUAUCCGCAGAACACGCCUGGCCAGCCGAACCUGCUUGCAGUUGGAGCAGCAUCUGCAGCAUCUGCACAGGCGGCGGAAGGAGUCCCGGCUGCGAAGGCCUAGAUCAAGUGUUCGGUGUGUAUGCUGAUGAGAAGUUUAUCAGGUAAUUAGCCCAGUGAAAAUGGUUGGCC